CUGGAUCCCUCAGUUGGGCUCAGCACUUAUUCGAAUCGGUUUUGUAGGGGAGGGCGAGUGAAACCAACUUAUCAGGUAGACAACCGCAGCAGACGCUUAUGCCUGCGGUCGCUUCGAUUGCAUCAGAUGAGGUGCGAAAUCGCAAUCGAAAUCUGUGCCAAAGGGAAAAAAUAAAAAUAAUAAUCGAAAAUCAGUUGAUCACAUGGCAAAGUUUUUCCGAACCUAUAAACAAGUGGCUUGUAAUUAAAUAGAUGGAAUGGCGGCUAUAAUUAGCACAAGUGAUUAGUUGGCGACUGGAGUGGAAUUUGUUUAUUGUUUACGAUCGGCAAUCGUGCGAUCGAGAGCAGAUCGGAUCGGAUCGAUCAACCCUCGCGUGAUAGCGCUCCACUGGGGGCCUCUGCAAAUAAGCGUAUUUUCGCGAUAGCACAGCCCAUUUAAAUUGCAAAAGAAAAACAUAAUUUAAUCUGUUAUUGUUUACGCCAAAAGUGUAUGGAAGGAAAACACUUCUAAAAUGCGUCAAUGAACGCAUUUUCCUUCGUGCCGAUAAGCAACAAAGUGUCAACAUAGGGGUAGUGGGGAUUAUGUAAAAGCACCGAGAAAAAGAACCCUGUCUCCAAGGGGGGCCCUUAAAAAAUAAUUAAACUUUGAUCUUGAAAUGUGCAUGUGCCAGCGCAUUAAGCUGAUAAGCAAGAAAAUCAAAGGCGCACAUGAGAUGGGAUCAAUGCCGAAGUGAGAUGCGUGAUUUUGAAGACUAGACGGACAUAAUGCGGUCAUUGAAUCUUCGUGAUGAUCAAAGCCAAAACGUGAGAACAGAAUUCAAUGUUUAUUUGGCAUAUUUGGCGUAAAUCGAACGGGGGUUUCAAAUUUCGCCCGACUUGCGUUUCUCGAUGCGGUUGCCAGAGCCUCCGGAACCUUCCCGCUUCGUCGCGUCGCUCCAAGAUUGCAUUCCCAGCCCAACUGAUAAGUACGAGUGAAUAUCAGCUGCCCGCCAUAUAUGUAUCGCCGAUCGCCGAUGAUGAUGAUGAUCGGAGGUUUAAUUAGGCGCGGCUGUAACAUGAACAUUCAUAAUUCCGCUGGCAUUCAAUCAAUGCAGACGUGAACAAUUCCAGUGAUCAAGUGAUCGACUUAGCCAGCGAUCUCGUGCAAAGUGUGCAGUGUCUCAAUCCCACUCAAUAACAAUUUCCACAAAAGGUGGUCGCACAAGAAAAUCGAUACUCAAAGCAUAUAAGUAAUUAAAAUCAGAGGAAAUCAUGGCGCAAAGUGAUUCGGGAAAUUGCUGUGCCAAGCUCAGUAAUGAUGAGGUCUGCUGCCAGCAGGCAAAGGAUGUGGCUCCAAAGGACAUAUCGCCAAAAGUGUUUCCCGACAAAAUCUACAAGUCCGUUCAGCCAAAAGGGGAAGAUGCCACUGGCAUGACCUGCGAAUGCGGAGUUUUUGGAGCCAUCGCUUGUGGGGAUUAUCCAACUCAGCUGGACAUAGCACAAAUGAUUUGCCUGGGUCUGGUGGCUCUGCAGCAUCGUGGCCAGGAAUCGGCGGGCAUAGUGACGAGCCUGGGAAAAUCCUCCAAGAACUUUAGCGUGCACAAGGGCAUGGGCAUGAUCAACAAUCUGUUCAACGACGAGGCGAUCAAGAAGUUAAAGGGCAACCUGGGCAUAGGACACACUCGUUAUUCCACGGCAGCAGCCUCGGAGGUGGUGAACUGUCAGCCCUUUGUGGUUCACACUGCCCACGGAGCCCUGGCGAUUGCCCACAAUGGAGAGUUGGUCAAUUGCGAAUCCCUCAGAAGGGAGGUCCUGGAGCGAGGAGUUGGUCUAUCCACGCACAGUGACAGCGAGCUGAUUGCCCAAUCCCUGUGCUGUGCCCCCGAGGACGUGUCCGAGCACGAUGGACCCAAUUGGCCGGCCAGGAUCAGGCAUUUUAUGACCCUGGCUCCGCUCUCAUACUCCCUGGUGGUGAUGCACAAGGACAAGAUCUACGCUGUAAGGGAUUCCUAUGGUAAUCGACCUUUGUGCUUGGGAAAAAUAGUGCCCGUGGAUGCGGGACACGCGAAUAUCAACGAUCAACUCGCUGAGGGUUGGGUGGUUAGCAGCGAGAGUUGCGGCUUCCUGUCCAUCGGAGCCCGAUAUGUCCGCGAAGUGGAGCCCGGCGAGAUCAUCGAGUUGUCGCGGAAUGGCUAUAGAACGGUGGAUAUUGUGGAGCGACCCGAUUACAAACGCAUGGCCUUCUGCAUCUUCGAGUACGUGUACUUUGCCCGCAGCGAUUCCAUGUUCGAGGGUCAGAUGGUUUACUCGGCGCGUCUGCAAUGUGGUCGCCAGUUGGCCAGGGAGUUCCCAUUGGAUGCGGAUCUGGUCAGUUCGGUGCCGGAAUCGGGCACAGCAGCUGCUCAUGGUUAUGCCAGGGAAUCUGGCUUGCCCUUCGGUGAGGUCCUGUGCAAGAAUCGCUAUGUGGGUCGCACCUUCAUUCAACCCUCCACAAGAUUAAGGCAGCUCGGAGUGGCCAAGAAGUUUGGUGCCCUGGCUCAAAACGUUGAGGGCAAGAGGAUCGUACUCGUGGAUGAUUCCAUCGUAAGAGGUAAUACCAUUGGACCGAUCAUCAAGCUGCUGCGCGAUGCCGGAGCCACCGAGGUGCACAUCCGGAUUGCCAGUCCACCGCUGCAAUAUCCCUGCUAUAUGGGCAUAAAUAUUCCUACCCGGGAGGAGCUGAUAGCCAAUAAAUUGAACGCCGAUCAGUUGGCGGAUCAUGUUGGGGCGGAUAGCCUGGCCUACUUGAGUGUUGAGGGUCUGGUGAAGGCCGUCCAGAUGAACAAGGCCCAUGUUAAUCCGCUGAAAGCGGGAUAUUGCACCGCCUGCCUAACGGGCGAAUAUCCUGGCGGAUUGCCCGAGGAGCUCAGCUGGUAGACUCCCGGGCGUUUAUAUCUCUUCUUUAGGUUUAACGUAGUUCGUAGCUUGAGUGUGUAUAUAAAAAAAUAUAUAUUUAAAUUUCGGGUCUUUGACCCAGCACAAAA